AUGAACUUCGAAAACCUUGGCAACUUUUCUAUCCCUGCUACACUCCCUGCUACCACCACCCAGUCUGCUACUUUGGAGGGUAGAGAAACUACACCAGCAGCUCCAACACAAGCAGUACAAGCGGCACCAACACGCAAUAACCUUUUGGCCAGGCUCGUUCGUAGAGGAUACGACAAUUCAAGUCGCCCUUGGGACUUUGCAGCUGGAUGGAACAAUGAGCCCAACUAUACCGUCAACAACUGGACUCCCGAUCGUGUUGCGCAACGCAUUCAGGGUCUGUGGGAGUCGAUGAAUGCUCGACACAGGGCUGGUCGCCGGCUCAAGGACUGCCCAUUGGAGGAGCGAGAAGCCAAUGCACGCAACGACCAACGUCGUAGAACACUUGACAGCCGACGUAACCGGGUAAUGAGGGUGCGCCGCAGGACAGCAUAUGCUCGUCAUCGCAUCGACGCCACCGUGCAAAGCAUAAUGCGGUACUAUUCACAAGCAGACGUGCCACGGUUGUUCACUGCAGCAAUGACCUCGGAUGAUCAGGGUGAGGGAGGUGUAGUGCAUGUGCCGCAUUAUUGUACAGCACCGGUACAGCAACUCUUUCAGCAGCUUGACUUCUUGACGGAAGGCCCUGACGCACCAAGAUGGGCAGGAAGAACGCGUGUGCCUGAUAACUCUCGCACUCUCACUACAGUGCUCACCCGAUAA